CGUCCACGAACUUAUCCCAUCGAACGGGCAAGUGAAUCUCAAGCAAGAUCAAAAAUGCUUCAACAAGAUCGACCUGUGAACCCCGUGUUUGGAGGACAGGGGCCUGGAGGCCCACCCUCCUCGCUGCGUCUCCUCAGUAACAGCCAGGCACAGAGCAACAGGAAGGCUGAGAAAGAUGGAAACUUCAACUUUCUAGGACGGGAGGAUGACGCUUUGAUGGGAGAUGAGAACCGCAACCAAGUGCGACCCCGUGCGCUAGGCCCACUGGGCCGUGAUCAAUCACCUCCUACCAACUAUUAUGGUCCAGGACCCCUGUCUCCCCUGUCCCGUCUCCCCUGCUGGAGCCCACUGGAGCCCCUUCCAGAGAUCGAGAGUGGAGAAGAUACUGGUGGUAGAGUUCCUCCUGACGGUGCAGAGGAAGGCAAGAUUGACGAAGAGAUGAGGAGAGUGAGUGAUGAUGAAAAGGGGAGAGAACCAGAGGAGUUUGUGAAAGGUGGAGAGGAAGAAGAGGAGGAGGAUGAGAUCCUGGAUUGGGGGGACAGCGACGAGGACUUUGAGUUCAGCUACAGAUCCAGCGGCAGUUCCACUCCUCUGAGCGCGGGGAGCGGUGAGGUAGCUAGGGGAGGCGCCUUUGAUUCCAUCUGGGAUCGCAUAUGUGUCGGGGGCCCGACACCUGAGAACGGCAAUGGGACCACGGAUCUCAAAAAGGCAGAGAAGCGUCGGAAGAGUUACGGAGACGCCGGUUUAGCAGAGGAUGCCUAUUCAGACUCAGACACUGAUCCAAAUUCUGAGCUGCCUGACCUGAUGGAAGCUGUUUGGACCCUGCAGGACCGUGAAAGGUUCAAGGCCCGAGAGAUGGAGAAGCACCAGGCACAGCUGAUCAUGUACCGGCGCCUGGCCCUCAUCCGCUGGGUCCGCACCCUGCAAGGCCGAGUUCAGGAACAGCAGAACCGACUCCAGUCCAGCUUUGACAUCAUCCUCACCCACAGAAAAGAGCUGUUACGUAUGGGUGCAGCCGCCGCCAGCCAAUAA